AUGAACUAUAUCUUAGCACUUUUGGCUUUCUCUCAGUUCUGCUUCAUUUUUGCUCAAGUCAACACAAAUCAUAGAUCAGCGGUGCGAUCCUUCGUGUUUGAGGAAGCUCACCACCCUACCGUUAUUGAAAAAAGGCAGGGUAAUGGUCAAGACCUCUCAGAACAAGAUCGUGCUAUGACCUGCCGAGUCAGCGACAAGUAUCCAAAACAAACAGGCAAGGCGCGAAACUGCUUUCAGGCUAUUGCUCAACUGUAUAUUAUCCAGCCUUCCCCACCCUGUGCCAUUUGUGACACCUGUGCGGUCAUGCCAAUCACUCGCGAAAUGGACCCCUUAGCGGGUAUCAAUGGGCUACCACCUACAUACCCGCAAGACGACAUGAAUGCAGCAUACAACAAUAUGUUCAGCAAUAGCGUGUUGGUUUCAACAGGAAAGAAGCAAUGUCCAAAAUACGAACUUCCAACCGGUGUGACAAUUGGAAACCUCCCCGGUCCCAUGUUUGCAAACUAUCUUCUGGGAAUGAAUGACGAUCAGGGUGUCGGCUGUAAAGCUUGUAGCUCAGAUCUCACUGAGGAUGUCCGUGUGAAUGGAGGUUGA